AUGUAUGCCAUCUCAACUUUGAGCCUCCUUUUUAACAUUUUCACCAACCACAAAAAUAACUCUUGAGACUCCCACCGAGUAAUCGUUAAGCCUCUGCGAACUGCGAAAUGGAACCUCCGAAGGACCAACACACGCCUGAGAAAUCAUCCACCGACCCACCUUCCUCCGCCUACCCUCCCUCCGGUUGCUGCACUAACUGCGGCGGUCCAACGAUCUCCGAACCUUCACCUCUAGCCUCACUUCCCGAGAUGUCACCUCCCCCAAACUACCGCCCAAUCCGAGCUCCAGCCAUCAACCUCCCACACAACUCCCAAGCGAUCAUCCUCUCCCCCGUCCCUCACGCCGAGCGAGUCCCCGUCGUCUCUCCGCCGUACCAAUUCGAGCGUCCCGUCAAGAGAAUCCACUCCCCGGACGAUAUCCGCCGCUUCCAGGAAUCCCCCUCUUUCAAGAACUUCUUAGGAUUCGUAGUCUCUCUCUCCGAAUCGAUCCGCGGACACAAAAUCUCCGAUCCUUGCCUCGUCUCCCCCACCGUCGCCGCCGUGGUCUCAAUCCUCGAGACCUUGCUGCAAUGGAUCGACGAGAUCCCUCCCGUUCAAAUGUCCUCGCGUUACGGAAACAUCUCGUUCCGCUCGUGGCACGAGAGGCUCGCUCAGAGAGGCGAAUCGCUCAUCCUCGAGCUUCUUCCCGAGGAGUUGAGAGGAUCUACGAUCGAGAUCGUGCCUUACUUCUUCGACAGCUUCGGGAACGCGAGCAGGAUCGAUUACGGGACGGGGCACGAGACGAACUUCGCGGCGUGGCUGUAUUGCUUAGCGAGGAUGGGGGUGAUCAAGGAGGAAGAUUACCACGGCGUGGUGGCUAGGGUUUUCGUUAAGUAUCUUGAACUCAUGAGGAAGCUGCAGAUGGUCUACUGCUUGGAGCCUGCUGGGUCCCAUGGAGUGUGGGGCCUUGAUGAUUACCAUUUCUUGCCCUUUAUUUUCGGGAGCUCUCAGUUGGUUGAUCACAAGUAUAUGAAACCCAAGUCCAUUCAUAACGAUGAUAUCUUGGAGAAUUUCUCUGGCGAGUUCAUGUACUUGUCUUGUAUCGCGUUUGUGAAGAAAGUGAAGAAGGGUUUGUUCGCUGAGCACUCUCCCUUGCUUGAUGAUAUUAGUGGCGUGCCGAAUUGGAAGAAAGUGAAUAGCGGUUUGCUUAAGAUGUAUAAAGUUGAAGUGCUCGAGAAGGUUCCCAUUAUGCAGCAUUUCCUCUUUGGCUGCCUCAUCAAAUGAAUCGUUGUCUGGAAAUUAAAGUGAGUGUAUUUGAAUCAUCAUUGUCUACCCAAAUUUGCUUCCCAUUUUCAUCAGACGUCAACGUAAAUAAAACUAAGACGUUAUGAGUCUUGAGAUCUUUAGUUAAAUGUCAUCAGGUUCCUGGAAUGUAAUUGAUUUAAUUUCUCAAAGAAAUCUUGUUGGCAGGGAGGAGUGAGGUACUUUAAGCACACAGUGCAUUGACGCAAGGGCAUCUACUUCUCGUCCUUGCGGUGGCUUAAAAUAUUAUAGAGAGACGUCUUGCUUUUCCGAGGUCAUUGAGAAACUAGGGACUUUUUUUAAUUGCUGAUGCUAUCUUCGCAUUGUAUCAUUUUGGUUUGCUACUUGCGUCUUUUGCCCCUUUUUUUUUUUUUUUAUGAUUUCUAUAAAUUCUAUCUGCCUUUUACUAUGAUUUCCAUAUACCAAAUGGCUUUUAGUGAAAUACAGAAUCCAUAAGACA